GUGGGCCCCGCGCCCUCCCGGCCGCAGCCUCCGCACUCCCGGCCGCGCCGCGCCAGGCACAUGGAGUCCGCCGAGAAGCCCGGGGCCGGGACCCGAGACCGGGAGGCCGCCCGCGAGCGCCGGGGGCUGCGCUGCCUGCCCCUGUCCAACUUCCGAGAGGAGCUGAGGGCGCUCCUGGUCCUGGCGGGCCCCGCGUUCUUGGCCCAGCUGAUGGUGUUCCUGAUCAGCUUCAUAAGCUCCGUGUUCUGUGGCCACCUGGGAAAGCUGGAACUGGAUGCUGUCACCCUCGCGAUCGCAGUUAUCAAUGUCACAGGUAUCUCCGUGGGAUUUGGCUUAUCUUCUGCUUGUGACACCCUCAUGUCUCAGACCUACGGCAGCCCCAACAAGAAGCAUGUGGGCGUCAUCCUGCAGAGGGGCGCGCUUGUCCUACUUCUCUGCUGCUUCCCCUGCUGGGCACUCUUCCUCAACACCCAGCACAUCCUGCGGCUCCUCGGGCAGGACCCGGACGUGUCCAGGCUCACCCAUACCUAUGUCAUGAUCUUCAUCCCAGCUCUUCCUGCGACGUUUCUUUAUACACUACAGGUUAAAUAUCUGUUCACCCAGGGAAUCGUUCUGCCCCAGAUCGUCACCGGGGUCGCAGCCAACCUUGUCAAUGUCCUCAUCAACUAUCUGUUUCUCCAUCAGCUGCAUCUUGGUGUGAUGGGUUCUGCACUGGCCAACUUGAUUUCCCAGUUCUCCCUGGCUCUGCUCCUCUUUCUCUACAUCUUCUGGAAGAAACUGCAUCAAGCUACCUGGGGAGGCUGGUCCCUGGAGUGCCUGCAGGACUGGGGCCCCUUCUUCCGCCUGGCCGUCCCCAGCAUGCUCAUGCUGUGCAUCGAGUGGUGGGCCUACGAGAUCGGGAGCUUCCUGAGCGGUAUCCUCAGCAUGGUGGAGCUGGGAGCCCAGUCCGUGGUGUAUGAGCUGGCCACUGUUGUGUUCAUGGUACCUGCCGGCUUCAGCGUGGCUGCCAGCGUCCGCAUUGGGAACGCGCUGGGCGCGGGAAACAUCGAGCAGGCCAAGAGGUCCUCCGUGGUCUCCGUGCUGGUCACAGAACUCUUCGCUGUAGUCUUUUGUGUCCUGCUGUUAAGCUGUAAGGACCUAGUGGGGUACAUUUUCACUACCGACCGAGACAUCAUUGCUCUCGUGGCUCGAGUGGUUCCGAUCUAUGCCGUUUCCCAUCUCUUUGAAAGUCUGGCUUGUACAGGUGGUGGCAUUCUGAGGGGAAGUGGGAACCAGAAAGUUGGAGCCAUCUUUAACGCCAUUGGGUACUAUGUGAUUGGUCUCCCCAUCGGGAUUUCACUGAUGUUUACGACCAAACUGGGAGUGAUCGGUCUAUGGGCAGGGAUUAUCCUUUGCACAGCCUGCCAAGCUGUGUGUUUUCUAGGCUUUAUUGCUCGGCUGAACUGGGACAGAGCCUGUCAACAGGCUCAGAUCCAUGCCAAUAUGAAACGAAACAUGGCCCCGGAUGGGACUCUUCUCUCUCAGGGCUUCCUUUCCCCAGCGGGCCCUGAAAGCCAUGGAGAAAGUUUAAUGACAGAUGUUGAAAAAGAAGAUGAGACCCAGUUGGAUCAGCAGAUGCACCAAGAAGAAUGCCUUCAGGCCCAUCCGAAGGAUGUGGCAAAGUUGACUGGGAGACAGUUGGUGCUGUGGCGGGGGCUCGUGCUCCUAGGGGCAGUUUUAGUCUUGCUGGCGGGGAUCUUGGUGAGAGUGUGUGUCGGAACGCAGUGACGUGGCCCUGGGAGAAGAGGGGGAGGCCGGCCCGGUGGCAUUGUCACGCUCACGAGCAAAUAAUUCAUAGGCCCGAAGGUGGGAGUUUGUCUUCAGUUAAGGUAAUCCAACUGUGCCCAUGGAUUUCAAGAACUGAGAGUUCAAAGAUGGAUUUUCUAAUGAAGAAAAUGAACUAAGGUGAAAAACUAUGUUCUAGUCCAAGACAAUGUCUGCAAGAUUACAUUAGAGUAAUAAUGCAUCCACCACUGUCUCAGACAAAGACAUUGUGUACUGACUACCUUCAUCUAUGGCUUUGAUAUUCUACUUGCUGGGUUUUUUUUAAAGAUAGAAACCCAUGUACUGAGUGCUUAAGGAUUAUUGCUAUCUGAAUUAUUUAAAAUACAUGAGUAUGUUAA